AUGGCUUCCUUUGCGACUGCAACAAAAGAGCGCCUCGCCAAGGCCGUUGGCUUCGACACGGAAGAUCGUGACAGCGAUGUCCCAUCAAUAUCCAACGCCGACCCGUUCCUCGAGCGGGAGCCCACCGUGGCCGAGUUUCUCGAGGAGAUUCGGCCUUCACUGCAUGAUAUCGGAAUGUACUUUUACAACCUGUUUCCCUUUAUCCACUGGAUCGGCAAGUACAACUUGACAUGGUUCAUUGGUGACUUGAUUGCUGGUAUGACUGUUGGUGCUGUUGUUGUGCCCCAGAGCAUGGCGUACGCGCAACUAGCUCAACUGCCCGUCGAAUAUGGCUUAUACUCUUCUUUCAUGGGCGUCUUGAUCUACUGGUUCUUUGCCACUUCCAAGGACAUCACCAUCGGCCCUGUUGCCGUCAUGUCCCAAGUCACCGGCGAUGUCGUUCUCAAAGCCGCAACCAGACUCCCCGAUGUCCCUGGCCACGUUAUUGCUUCCGCCUUGGCCGUAAUCGCAGGCGCCAUCAUCUGCUUCAUCGGUCUUGCACGUCUAGGCUGGCUCGUCGAGUUCAUCCCCCUGCCGUCCAUCUGCUCGUUCAUGACGGGCUCUGCCAUCAACAUCAUCUCUGGCCAGGUCCCUAAGCUUAUGGGCAUCAAGGGCGUGAACACGCGAGUCGCGCCGUAUUUGGUGAUCAUCAACACGCUCAAGGGAUUGCCGACAACGACCAUUGAUGCCGCCCUAGGACUGACUGCGCUCCUGAUGCUGUAUCUCAUCAGAGGCUUUUGCACGUACAUGGCCAAGAAGCAGCCUCACAAGGCCAAGAUGUACUUUUUCAUCUCGACCCUUCGAACAGCCUUUGUGAUCCUUUUGUAUACGGGUAUCAGCGCGGGCAUGGUUCUGCACCACAAGGCGAAACCCCCAAUCAGCGUCCUUGGCAAGGUGCCUCGAGGCUUCCAGCACACAGGCGCUCCCGAAAUCAACACGACCAUUAUCAAGGCCUUUGCGCCUGAGCUUCCCGCAGCCGUCAUCGUCAUGCUGAUUGAGCACAUUUCCAUCUCCAAGUCGUUUGGCCGAGUCAACAACUACAUCAUCGACCCGUCCCAGGAACUUGUUGCCAUUGGCGUCACCAACCUGCUGGGUCCCUUUUUGGGCGCGUAUCCCGCGACUGGAUCCUUCUCUCGUACUGCUAUCAAGGCCAAGGCCGGCGUCCGCACGCCUUUUGCUGGUGUCAUCACCGCCAUCGUCGUGCUUCUGGCUCUCUAUGCGCUGACGGCCCUCUUCUUCUACAUUCCCAACGCCGCACUUGCUGCCGUUAUUAUCCACGCUGUGGGCGACGUCAUCACUCCGCUCAGAGUUGUCUUCCAGUUCUGGCGCGUGUCACCCAUCGAGGUUAUCAUCUUCUUGGCCGGUGUCUUGGUGACUGUGUUUGCUACAAUUGAAGAUGGCAUCUACACCACCAUUUGCAUGUCCUUUGCGGUGGUCAUCUUCCGCCUCUUCCUCAGCCGUGGCCGCUUCCUGGGAGUUGCCCGCGUACGCACUGUUAAGGCGACGGAGGCGGUAAACAAGGGCGGCGACCAAGAAGCUCUUGUUGAUUCCUCAGAGUACUCGCAGCGAGCUGGCUUCCUGCCUCUGGGCCACGAGGACGGCUCCAACCCGAGAGUUGUUGUGUCGAGCCCGUAUCCCGGCAUCUUCAUCUACCGCUUUGCUGAGGGCUUCAACUAUCCCAAUGCCACCCGGUACCUCAACCACCUGACGGAGACUAUCUUUAAGGAGACUCGGCGGACAGACGUCAAGACAAUUGCCAAGCUUGGGGACCGGCCAUGGAAUGACCCAACUCCUAGACACCAAAAGGAAAAUGAGCACGAUACCCGGCCAACACUCAAGGCCGUCAUCCUCGACUUCUCCACCGUCAACAUCGUCGACGUGACGGCGGCCCAGGCCUUGAUCGACGUCCGCAACCAGCUCGACCGCUACGCAGCCCCCCAGACCGUCGACUGGCACUUUGCCCACAUCGAGAACCGCUGGACGAAGCGAGCCCUCUGCGCCGCCGGCUUCGGCUACCGAACCCCCCGCCACAACGCGGACGACGGCGAGGGCGCGGGCCACUGGAAGACCAUCUUCAGCAUUGCCGAUCUGGGCGGCUCGGACAGCGCGGCGGCGGCGGCAGCGGCGGAGGAGAAGGGCGGCCGGGCGCUGCAGUACGACGUGGAGCGAACAAACUCGGAUGACAUAUCAAAGGCGUCUGAUAAAGACGUGCCGUCGCACCCCAGCAGCCGUCGCCUGGUGGCCAUCAAGGGCCUCAACAGGCCGUACUUUCACUUUGACCUGCAAGAAGCGGUUGAGUCUGCAAUUGCGAAUGCGGAGAGACACAAUGAGAGCCGCCGUGAAACUGAUGACACUGAUGAAUAA